AUGGAUGCGAAAGAAGUCGAGAGCAAAUCGGGUGUUCUAGGGCGGACACCGUGCACUCCAUGCUAUAUGGCCAGCGGUUGCUCUCACAAGCCGGACGAAGGUAGACAAAAGAAGUGUUGCCAAAUUAAAGGGACCGACCUAGAGUCCACUAGCGCGAGUAGUGCAGCACAUUCAACGGGCCCGUCGUGUAGCGGUGGCAGUCAAAAUUUCCCUCAAAGCACUGUAUUGUCUGAUUUUAAAGAGGUAGCCUCAUUCGACAAGAAUUGUUCGGAGAAAUUGAAAGAUCUGAUAGAAACUGAGAAGCAAUUGAAAGAGGCCAUUCAAAAGCUGGAACAGCGUGAGAAGAACAGUAUGGAACUGCUGAAACAGGCUGAUUGCAUGUGGGUGUGUAUGGAGGACUCUUACAAGAAGAAGAUUUCCCAAUCCACGGAGAGGCAAAAGACUCUAGAGAAACAGAAAAAAGUGGUUAGCUUAGCUGAAGAAGUAAAGGAAUUGGAAAAGAUCGUCGCAGAAGAGAACAAGAAGAAAAGGGAAAAGGAGCUCGAAGGUACAAAAUUUAUCAAAGAGGCAAGGAAGGAUUUACAGACAAUCUGCGGACUUUUAUUAAAGAAGAAAUUAGAAAAUGAAGACCUAAAAGCAGAGAAAACGGCUUUGCUAUCGGAGAUCGAAGCAUUGCAGCAGGCCCGCGAGAAAUGCAAGGAAAAAUGCGAAACGAAGCGGAAAACGUUGGAGAGUGAAAUCGAGAAAGUCAACAAGGAGAUUGCCGAGUGCCAAGCGCGAUGCAGCAGAUGCAACGAAUGCACCGAUACAUCGGAAUUUCUGAGAUUCUGCACCGACUGCCCUCGGUGCUUGGAAGAGAGGCGUUGCACGAUCGAAGGGGGCCAUUGCACCGCGAAUCAGUCGAUGGACUGCGUUUGCACGGCCGUCAAGAAGAAGUUCCUGGACAACGUGUUCGAGAACAUGUACACGGUAAUGGAGAGGCUGAUCAAGAAGGGCAGCGGUAAGGUCGUCGCCGAUAAAGUGUUGGAAUGCCUGAAAAACAGCAGGAACGGCAAGCUCGACGAGCGGACCCGGAAAGCCCUUCAAGCUUUCAUAUUGACGGGCGUUAAGAAACAUCUGAAUUUGACUAUUGUCGGCGGCGCUGUCAAGACUAGGUGUGAAGAACCUUGCCGCCGCUGGGGCGGUACCAACGAAUGCCACUGUCCGAAAGGCCCCAAGGCUUGCAUAUGCCUGAAAAAAGCACCGCGACCACCGCACGACGCAACACCAUGUCCCGAGGAUGAGGAAGACGAAGAGGAAGAGCCACAAGACGCGUGUCACAAACACGCGUCACGCCACAACAGGGAGAAAGAAAAUUCUAAGAAGUCGAGUGCAUCUAAUCUGACAAGUUGCGAUUGCAAAUUGAGUCCAUCUGAUAGACAUAAUCUGAUAAGUUGCAAUUGCAAAACGAGCGGCGCUGAAUUGCCGGACUUAGGUGCAGAACUGGCGAAAUUUAGGCCCGAAUCGUGCCAGGGUCCGAAGUGUAAGUUCUCGAAGGACAUGAGAACGGCACCAUGCGUCGUCCACUCGGAUGAGUCGGCCACACAACGGACUAAGGACUGCGCAUUCGUCCCAGUUAAAUUGGCAUCCAGUCUGAAGGACCAGGAAUUUUGUGAUUGUGUAUUACCGGGAGGUUAUUCUGGAACCGAUGCAGGUAGCCGUCCCCGCGAGCUUCUUAUAGAAGAGUUGAUGGGAAAUUGUGACGUCACGACUGUUGGGAAAAUAAGCUCGGUGAUAAGCUCCGACUCAUUCAAAACAUUGCCG